AUGGCGAUCGGCGUUCGGUUUUCCCUCUUCCUGGCUCUCCUCCUCCUCGCCGCUCCGAUCCAACGAGGUCUGUUCGGUUCCUCCAUUUUCUCAUCCUCGUUUGCCAUUUGGUGUUUGUGGCCCUUUCUCCGGUAAAAUUCAUCUUGCAUGUGAGAUCGGAUUUGCUUUCUCACCCAAUGGCUUUCUUUGGAUGGCACACCUUGAAAGAUCGUCGAAGAAAAUUCCGACCUGCUUCUCUUACCUUUUCCCUCGAUCCGUUCUGGCUUCAUUUGGUGUUCGAUUUAGUUUCUAGCUCGCUUAUUUAUGUUCAAAAACUUGAAUCGUUGAUUCGUAGAAUCUCGCUCGACUGUGAGAUUAAUGACUGUUCACCAAUUGCAACUUUUUUUUUGUUUUCUUCUUUGUUUCGGACAUAGCGCAUAUUUUCCCCGAAACUACUGCUCGCCAGUAGACUACAUUCUGAAAAACUUUGGAUUUGUUUGUUACGGCGUCAUAUCAAGAAAUUUCUUCUGUAACAAGAGGGUUAUGCAGAAUGUCCAGCAUACGUUUGGCAUCCAUGAGUUCGGCUUCAACUUUCUGAUGAUAAUAGGCAUGCUAUAUAAUUCGUACAUCCAUGAUGUUUUUUUACCGAUUUAGAUGAACAGUCCAUCUAUGGGCAUUAAUAGUCAUUAAAUACAGGGAAACUAAUAUAGAACAUGGGUCCGGUGCUCAUUUCCAUUUCUAAGGGAACUUACUAACAUCUUUUGUAACUGAGAACACCAUCAAUAGUCGAAAAAAAACAUCGUGUCCCCACAAGAAAUCCAAUCUUAUAGAAAUAGGUACCUUCUUCCGCGUGAAAAACAUGUGAGUUCUAAUUAAAAAAUGGGCAUGAAUGUAGCAUAGUGAAUCAUUUCUCGUCAGAUCUGGGCUCAGAUCUGCCUGGCGCAUGGCCUCUCUACCUCUUUACCAGCCUUGACCAUAGUCAAGGUUGAUUCGUUCUUAAACUAUGGAUCAUGUUCUUAGCUGGGCCUAUUGGCCUUGCUCAGCUGUGUUGUUCAAGGUUAAGGGGAUCUCAAUCCAAGGCCAACUAAUCCAUUUUUUCCUCAAGGAUGUCGUCCUCCCAGAAUGAGAUUCCACGUCUUAUUUUCUUUGUCAUAUUAAGUGUCCAGCUACAAUGGUCCUUUCCCAGAGCGUUAUUACUUUUGCAUCAAUGUUUCUGCUCGGAAGGCCAGAGCAGAGCAAUUUGUUCAAUCCUUUUUAUUGGAUACGAAACUAAUAUCCUCCUUGAUUCUCUCAAUAGGGCACCUUACCUUCUGAAGUCUUAGCCAGUGGCCUUGAUUUGUUUUUUGUCAUUAGAUUUCUGCUUUGUAACGUUUGAUUUUUCUCUGACGUUGCAUUAUCAUUCUUGUUUUACUUCUCUAAGCCAUUUAAACUUGAGUUAAUUCUUUCUGCCACUUGUUUAUAUGGUUCCUAGGCAGCUCUGACGUAAUGCAGUUGGCUUUUUGACAUGUGACUUGUAAUCAUUCAGUGGUCAGAUGCCAAUCUGACACAGAUGGGGUUGCCGCUGAAGUUGUUGAUGGUGGUGAUCUUGGUAUUGUUGGUGAUGAUGUCCAAGACUUCGGUGAUGGUUCCUUUGGAUCAGCUCUUGGGGUGGAUACAACCUGUGUUUUUCCAAAAAACCCACCUCGCUGUAAGCCUAGUAAAUCUACAUUAGAAUAGGUGCUUGUUUUGUAUGACAUUAUACUGUAUGUGUUAAUCUCCUAUGGCUGCAGUGGUCACAGCUGGGGAAGAAACUGAACUGUUGGUUGGAGUAAACAACCAAGGUAAUCUCAUCAAUGCUACUUGCACUUGGUUACCGGUCAGACUUUGUGCGUUUGUUAUUUUAUUAGUCCUCUGCAUUUUAUUGUUUCAUUGUGAUAUUACGUUGUUCAGCACAUAUUUUGAAUAAUUACACAAAAACAGAUAUAUUGUGACCAUCCUGUUGCAACUCCUAUCCAUAUCUUAGCGUUCAUGGUUGUCGCAGAAUCACAGUUUGAUUGUUUUUACGACCUGUGCAUACCUAUGUUUUCAGUAAAUAGCCAUACUUUCAGUGUGCUGAUGAAUGUCAAUAUGUGUUUCUUGUGUAUACGAGCAUAUAUGAAUAUAUGUAUUUAUAUUUAUGUAUCAAUGCACACGCGCACACGGGUGUUAUAUUACGUGUAUUCGCUUGUCGAAUUGCUCCAUUUUUUCUUGAGAACAAAUUCAGUCUUCUAUCGUGGACUUCUUCACUCCUAGUGUUGAAUGUCAUUCAUGUACCUAAGAAAAACUAAUCACACUGAAAUGUUACCAUUUCUCCUUUCAAUUUCUGCGACAAUUUAGAUCUUUUUACCUAAUGAAAAAUUUGACUUUGAGGUCCAUUCCCUUUGGCUUUUGUGUCAUAUGAUUUUUUUCCUGUAUUAUUUAGCAUUUAUCAUUUAGUGGAGUGCUGACUUCCCAAAAUUUCAUGUUUAUUUUAUUUUUCAUAUUAACUUAUUGCCUCUAUCAGAUAUCUGGUCUCUUUUCCUUAUGGGUUUUAUUGUCUUGAAGUUCAGGUGAUGCUGCCUUGAAAGUCAUUUCAAUAAAGGCCAGUGUUCAUUUUUCGUUUGAUCAUCGGAUGCUCAUCCAAAAUCUCACUGUGCAGGUGAACCAUUCAUCUCAAUGCCCCUAGAUAUAUAUUUUUCUUUUACCUACUGCUGAUAUUUGCUUGCUUCAUUCUAUAGAGACUUGGAAGUCCUCUUCUGGGUCAUUUAGAGUGGACUAGAUAUCUAGUCUGAUUUUCACAGAGCAGUAUUUUCCUGAAAAUUGAUGUUGUUGUCUUUCUCGUCCGGGCAAUAACAUCUCAAUCAAACCACAGAAUCUAUACAUCAAUUAUGGAGAUUCAUUUCUUGCUUCCACAGAAAAUAGCUGAUAACUUCCUGAUUCCAAGGAAAUCAGAAAGUUAUCAGAUAUUUUCUCUCAAUUUUUUUCUCUUAGACUCAGCUGUUACUUGAAGGGUUUUCAGUUGUCUGUUUUUUGUGGCCUGUGAAUUGAGGAGAACGCUCUGCAUAUCCGUAUCCAACGGUUUAGAUUCAUAAUUAGUACUAAAAUCCCCUUUUACGAGGCCCUUUCUUCCAGAAGACUUUCCUUAUCUAGUAGAAAAAUAUCGUUUCCUUUAUGAACAUCACACCCAAAAAUGUUGACCUUGUUAGUAUUUACCUCUGAUUCCCUUUUUCGCAUACUUGCAUCUCCCAUGACACUGGUGACUGUAAUAGAUAUGGUUGAAGUCCGUUAUGAUCUAGUCUGGGAACUGAUCAGGUGACCGGGUGGCACACUAGCCUCGCCUCCGGAUGCAGAUCUGGUGCACGUGUGCGGUUCUCAUCUUUCUGCAGCCUAGUGCACGGGGUGAAAAAUAGGGAGCCACGCAGGCACAUGGGUUGACUUCACGCUUGGCCAGUCUGGAAAAUACCCACGGGGUUCUUUUAACCAAUCCCUUUUGCCAAUGCAGGACACCUAGAAAUGGAGACCAAGACGGGACACAGUUGUGGAUUGUAGCAUUCGCUGUGAAAUUAGAAAUUGCGUUCUUCAAUAAUUAUUCUUUGUUUAGCUAUGCGUCAUCCAUUUUUGCUUUUGUUUGCCGACCAAUUUUAUUUCCUGUUCUCUUUUGGCGGCAUUACCUGAUACAACCAUAACUGCAAGUAGAAAACCAUGCAUAUGCACAGACAUAAUCAUUAAGGGUUUUUUCGAGCAUCGUGUAGUGUUGAGAAAUUUUCCAAUUAUAUAUUUACCAAAACAACGGUAUCAAAUGACUUUCUCCACACUGUAUUGGCAACCCAUGUACUUGUUUUCAGCUUUAGUCUCUCCUGAUAUUAACUAUCUUUCUACGAUUUUGCAGGAGUUCUUCAAUGCUACCAUCCCUCCAUCCACUCAGGCAGCGUACCCAUAUGUCUUUGUUGUUAGUAAAUAUCUGCAGGUGAGAUGCCAUCUUUGCAGCAUCCCCUAGAGAUUCCCAGCUUUUCAGUCUCACAGCCUGAAAAAUUCAAUUGCACGUAUUGAAAAAUCUGUGUGUGUUGAUUGAAAUGAGAAUUCUAUUCUUGUGUUUGCAGCCUGGAACUUUUGAUCUUGUGGGUACCAUUUUUUAUGAGAUCGAACAGCAUCCGUUCCAGAACACAUUCUACAACGGUACUAUCGAAGUGGUGGAAGCAGGAGGCUUUUUGAGCAUCGAGUCCAUCUUCCUCGUCACCCUUGGGGCUGCCCUUGUUGGCCUCUUCGUAUUGUGGGCUUACGGACAGAUCCAGAACCUCUCCAAGGUAAGCACAGUGGCUGCUGUUGUUCUCUCUUUCACCUGGUAGCCUCUUUUUUGGUGCCGCCCUGGGAGAGCAUCAUGCUCCCUCUUUCUCCAUCCAGAAAACAAAGAGGGCACCCAAGGUGGAGGUUGGAACAGGGGCGACUGACUCAUCCAUGGACGAGUGGCUGGAAGUGAGUUCCUCCCCCUCUUUUAGAGAACAUUUUCCAUGGAAAUUCCUUGGAGAAAGAGAGCUGACCUAAAGCUUGUGCCUGUGUUGUGCAGGGAACAGCGUACGCCCAGUCGUUGUCGAACAAAUCCAAGAAGAAGAAGUGA